GUGUGGUUGGACUUCAUAUCCUUCACCACUUACCACACAAGUCUCUUGUAUUCUCUAGCUACUUGUUCCCCUGAAGAAGAAGUCCUCAAGAAUUUCUCUUCUUUUUUUGAGUUGGAACAAAUGGCUGAACCCCUCCUCACAUCUGCUACCGAGGCAAUCUUGAACGGCUUGAUUUCCCUAGCGACCCAGCAGAUUAGCCUGGCAUGGGGUUUUGAGAAAAACCUCAUAAAGCUCCAAAGAAAGCUAACAACCAUUCAAGCUCUCUUACGCGAUGCUGAGCGAAAGAGAACAGAAGCAGAACACUUGAAAAUUUGGCUCAAGAGUCUCAAUGCUGGAGCCAGCUGUGCUGAGAAUGUGCUGGAUGAGUUGGCCUAUGAAGCUCUUCGAAGGAAGACCGAGGUACGAAAACCAGUCAAGGACCAGGUACGCAACUUGGCAUUUCGUUGCAAGAUGGCUAAGAAGGUCAAUGAUGUUAUUGUACUCUUAAAAGAUAUUUAUGAUGAUGCAAAUAGAAUCGGUCUUAUGGUGGCAAAUCAAAUCGCAGAUGCCAGUGUUGAACCUAGGGUAUUCAGGUUGACUCACCCUUAUAUAGAUGAUUCAAAUGUUGUGGGAAGGCAUGGUGACGUGUCUGAAGUGAGACAGAUGUUACUUGGCCCUGACGUAGAAGAAAAUUUGUCUAUCAUUGCCAUUCAAGGAAUGGCUGGGCUCGGGAAGACGACACUUGCUCAGCUAGUUUACAAGGACGAGAAGGUUAUGGAGAAGUUUGGUGAUAAGAGAAUGUGGAUUUGUGUAUCUGAUGAUUUUAGAGUUGACAGGAUAUUGAAUGAGAUGGUGCAAUCUCUUACUGGAAAUAAGUCUGAGACAUCAAACAUUGAAGGAACUGUGAGAAAGCUUAGAGAAAAACUGGAUGGAGCCAAAUACUUACUUGUAUUAGAUGACGUUUGGAAUGAAAAUCAACAAGUAUGGAUAAGCAUGAGAGAUUCUUUGAGAGGAAUAGGUGGCUCCAAGGGGAGCAAAAUCAUAGUGACAACACGCAGUAUGAAUGUGGUAUCAACAAUGCAAAUAUCACCGCCCUUGACUCAUCGUUUGGAGAAAUUAUUCUUUGAGGAUUGUUGGGCAAUGUUUAGGAAAAGAGUAUUCUCAAUUGGUGGACCGAAAGAGACGAAAAGAUUGGUGGAUAUCGGUAGAAGAAUGGUAGAAAAGUGUAAGGGUGUGCCAUUAGCGGUUAACUCAUUAGGAGGUUUAUUGUACGCUAAGCACUCUGAAGAGGAAUGGGAGGACAUCGAUAAGAGUGAAAUGUGGCAUUCUCUUGAAAGUGAAAUUGGAAUUCUACCAGUAUUAAGACUAAGUUACGAUCACUUGCCCUCACCAUCUUUGAAAAGAUGUUUUGCAUAUUGUGCUGUUUUCCCAAAGGAUGCUGACAUCAACAAGGAUGAGUUGAUUCACCUUUGGAUGGGUCUAGGAUAUCUUCAUCCUUUAGCAGGAUGCAAACUUGAAAUGGAAGAAUUAGGCAAUGAUUAUUUUAACAAAUUGUUGCGCAAUUCUUUCUUUCAAGAAGUUAAAUUGGACGAGUUUAAUAACAUUACUAGUUGCAAGAUGCAUGAUCUUGUACAUGAUCUCGCAAUUCAUGUUGCAGAGGGCAGUUGUUUAACUUUGGAAGCUAGUGAGGUGAAGAACCAUCCCGAGGUUCAACAUCUCUCAUUGCAUCUUAAGGAAGAAACAUGUUUAGGGAUUCCACAAGAAAAUUUUGAAAACCUGAGGACACUAAUGUUAACUGGACAUCUCCCCAAAAACUUUGACGCAGCCAAAUGUGUACGUGUCCUACAUUUAAUAGAAUCCAAUGUGCAAGAGUUGCCAAGUUCAAUUCGCAAGUUCAUACAUUUGAAGUAUCUUGACCUCUCAAACACGGAAUUUGAAAAACUACCAAACUUCAUCACCAGUCUCUACAAUUUAGAAACGCUCAUUUUGCCAUCAUCUCUAAAAGAGCUUCCAAAGGAUUUUCAUAAGUUGGUUAGCUUGAGACAUCUCUGUAUGGAUGAAAGCGAAAUUAGUCCGAAUGUGAUUCCAGCGAAGUUAGGGCAAUUGACUUCUUUGCAGACAUUACCCCUCUUUGUUGUGGGUGUGAAUGUGGGCUAUAAGAUUGAAGAGUUGAGAAGCUUAAAACAGCUAAAAGGUCGAUUGCGUGUUAACAAUCUAAUGUCCGUGAGCGACAGGGAAGAAGCGAAAAAGGCUGAUAUUAUAGGGAAAAAGGACAUGCAAGAGUUGGCAUUUCACUUUGGACUUGAAAGAUCUCACACGAACCAUACGGAUGUGUUGGAAGGACUUCAACCCCACAAGAACCUUAAGGGCUUAAUACUCGAAGAAUUUGGAGGGCAAAAAUUUGCGUCAUGGAUGACAAGUGCCAAUCCCCAAUUCCUUCAAAAAUUGGUGAAGAUUGAAUUAAGGAGUUGCCAAGUAUGCGAACAAGUCCCAACACUCGGACACCUUCCGCAUCUUGAAGUUGUUAAAAUGGAGGGAUUGGAUAAUCUGAAACGUAUUGGUCCCGAAUUCUAUGGAUUGGAAGAGGGCAUUGUCGGUAGUAGUAGCAGGUGUGGGACAGCAAGAGGGGGAGUAGUAUUUCCAGCAUUGAGAAAGCUUAGUCUUCGUGAUAUGCAGAAGCUAGAAGAAUGGUCAGAUGUAUCAUCGUUGCCCGCUGCUGCCACCAGUGAGAUAAAGUUCUUUCCUUGUCUCAAACAGUUGCUAAUCUCCGAUUGUCCUCAGUUGGUAACCAUUCCAGGUCAAUUGUUAUCAGUCGACUACCAGAGCAUAAGUAUUUUAACGGAGAUUCCCCCCUGGAGGGAGCGUAAAAUGAUGGAUAGCCCAUCCUUGUUGAUGGGCAUCAAUGAGAAUUCAGAAAAUAUUGCUCUUUUCUUGGAGGAUUUGCUUGGGAAAAGUAGCAGAUCCCUAAGAAAUCUGGAAAUAGAUGGAUUGAAGAAGCUGCAUCAUUUACCGAACCAGCUACUAAACCUAACUUCUCUCGAGAAGUUAGUUAUAAGAGAGUGCUCUGAUCUAAUUAAUAUAAUAGAAGAAACAGAGGUAACAAUAUCCACCGGCCUACCGUCCCUUCAAGAGCUUUUGAUAGUGGACUGCAAUAAGUUGAGGUGUCUGCCGAAGUGGCUGCUACAGCCAACCCUUGCUGAAUUUUAUAUACGAGAGUGUAAAAGUUUUGAAGGUGAUGAAUUGGGCAGUCUGACUUCCCUUAAGAAGAUGACUAUCAGAGGCUGUUCAAGAUGGGAAAGUUUUUGGGAGAAGGGGCUGCUCUGCCUGACAAGCCUUCAGGAAUUGGAGAUAGGUGAAUUCUCAGAGCACCUUCUUCAUUUCCCCUGGCCCUCCUAUCCCCCUCAACACUGCCCCUUCAUCUCCCUGGAGUCUCUAGAAUUAGAGGGUUGGGGAAACCUCACAUGUCUGCCGAAUCUUGAACACCUCACUGCCUUGAAAACAUUGGAUAUCUCGAAUGGGGGAAAAUUGGAAGCUCUGCCAGAGUGGCUGGGUAACUUGUCAUCUCUUCAAUCACUGCAGAUCUGGUUUUGUCCAAAUCUGAUGAGUUUGCCCUCCCGAGAAGCUAUUCAGCGCCUUGCCAAUUUACAACGUCUGCUUAUAUAUGAAUGUCCCAUUCUAGCAGAACGAAUUGAAAAGGGAAGCGGCGAAGAGUGGCACAAGAUAGCUCAUAUACCAUUGGUCAACAUAAGAGGUAAUUUAUUUCUCUAAUACCCGAUCUCAUGAUUCCUCUUCACUUCAAGCAAGCAGAUCGUCUCUCUCUCUCUCUCUCUCUCUCUCUCUCUCUCUCGUGCAUAUCUUUUGUGGGCCUUCAUGCGUGUCAGUGUCCAUGUGAUGAAAUCAGAGAAGGUAAUGCAUGGAAAAUCUUAUCUCACCUGUUUCUCUUGGUCCUAUAGGGACUGGUGUCAGUAUAGAUAUUCGCAGAAAGUGUCACCCCAAUUCUAGCUUUUGAAGGCAAAGCAACCUCCGGCCAAUCAUAAAUGGUGAUUUCUAAUACCUCAGGUAACAAGGGAGGAACAGUGGAUCUGACAGCAGAGGAAAUUACUGCAUUGUAGAAAGAGGUGUUCUAAUAGAUUCGCCUGCUUAUAUUCUCCGAGACCGUGUGUCAUAUCCUUUUAUAUGAGGAAUUAACGCAAGGAGGAGGUCCUCAAAGGUCAUACUGCAAAAUGUCCACAUUUAAUAAGCUUGCAAUGCGAGAGGUUGUUGAUGGGAAUCAAAUCUUGGAAGGAAGCUCAAAGUGACACUUUCGAUCAAGCAGAUUAUACCAAAUAGCUGAAUCGGUCUUUGGAUCUGCCCACAACAUUUUAUUUAUACGGUGACACUAGACACAUCAGAAGUUGGACUCCGGAAAAUCAAAUUCGAAUCUCAUUACGGUCACGUCCAUUUGUUUUAGACCUAGUUUUUUUUAUCGCCAGCAUGUUCUUAAUGUAGUGUCAAAGAGCAGUUGUUCCCACUGAGCUUCUUAGCUUUUGAUGUAUGGCAUCUUACAAAGAUAUACUAUUAGCAUAGUAAUAAUUUCUUCUCUAUGUUUUGAUCUUAGACACCCAGCUCAUAUUAUUUCUGUGAGCAACGAAAUAACAGUGGUUUUGACAGCAUGCGAAAUAACUCUGUUGAAGAAACAGGCUUUCAGAUAGCACAUCUUCUUAUAUUCUUUGAGACACGCUGCGCAAUACUGCAAAAAUCUGAGGAAAUGCAGAGGUCCUCCAACGUCUUAUUCGUACAAUAUUCUUUGGUUAACACAUCACUGGCCCUUUUUUCCCCUUUAUCCAUUAAUAAUUUUGUUUUAGUUCCAAUUGUUGUUGAGAAGUUUUGCAUGCUGGUUAACUGCAAACUGUGCACCCCUAAUAAGCUUGUGAUGCGUGUGGUUGUUGUAGCUCAGAGUGAACUUUCAGUCAAGGACUUCACUGCCUUAUCUGCCCCUAAUGGUGCUACCGGAUACUGCAAAUGGGUGAAUCUUCCUUAAAAUUCGACAUGGUACUUACUCAGGAACUCCCUGGUUUUGGUAAAAGAAACUACUUCUUGUAUGACCAUAAUGCUUGAUAUAACUUAGAGUUCUAAGAAGUGCGACGAUUUGAUUUCAACAAUGCCAGGAUAGAGGUUGCUGCAGUUUCAAGGCUUCUAUUGAUCCUCUUCUUCUGUUGUUUUAGCUGCUGCAUCAGGACUUUGUCUGCUGCUUUGGCUGGAAAUGCUUUGGCAGUGGUCCUGUUUUCUACUGGUGUCCUGCAGAUUAUACUUGUUUAGGAUGUUGGUUUUGUUCCUAAUGCUAUAUCAGAUGCCGGUGUUAUCCAUUGCUUCUUCAAGUGAGCUCUCAAGCUUUGAGAAGGGUGCUAUGAGGUUAACAUGCUGCAGAUUCUGUCUUUCCAUUUCGCUGGAAUUGCCGAUGCAUAAUUGCUGGUAUGCUGGAAUUAAGCUGAAGUAGGGGAAGUCUAGGAUCUUAUGAGUGGGUUGUAUCUUUCUUGGUUUUUUUGGAUAUUGGUAGAUUUAUUUUGGUUGGCUCUUUGCCUACGUUGUUGCUUUCUUUGUGUUCUGGGUGGCAUAUGAUUGUCAUGAGGCUUGGGUGCCAACAUAGUUGGAAUGGAAGCUUCUUAUUGUGAUGCCGUCGCCCUAUUUCCUAAUCUUUGUAAUCAUUUCUUCAAGGGUUAAUAAAUUCCUUAAUCUUUUUAAUGUGACA